CAAAAAAUUCAACACACCAGCAGUGUGAGGAGACCUGAAAGUGGCACAUGGCAUGGCAGAGUGUGGCGAUGGAGACAGCAGCAAUGGGAGGCCGUACAGGGACCCAUGAGAGACUCUGGACUUGGCAGCAGCAUGAGGAGGCGGUAUAUAGGGGCCCAUGGCAGAUUAGGGGCCUGGCAGCAGCUAUGGGAGGCCCGUAAUCUGCCAGCACCCUAUGUCAAAAAAAUUCAACACACCAGCAGUGUGAGGAGACCUGAAAGUGGCACAUGGCAUGAGAGACUGUGGACCUGGCAGCAGCAUGAGGAGGCGGUAUAGGGGCCCAUGGCAGAUUAGGGGCCUGGCAGCAGCUAUG